CAUCAGGUCAGAGGCCUCGUAGCCGAACUUGCCUCGAGAUGCUCGCAACCAUGUUUCUCCGCCGUGGAAGCAACACACUGGCGCUUGGUCGUCGCAUGCCAAUACUCAGGAGCAUCACCUCGGAGACCAAGUCCUGGGCCACCUCCCUGAACGAACCCCUGAAGACGACAGACCCAGACUUGCAUGCCAUCAUUGAGCAAGAGAAAGUACGACAGCGGGAGUCUCUGGUCCUCAUCGCCUCGGAGAAUUUCACGUCUAAGUCCGUCUUCGACGCACUCGGCUCCGUCAUGUCCAACAAGUACUCGGAGGGCUACCCUGGCGCCCGCUACUACGGCGGGAACGAGAACAUCGACAAGGUUGAGUCCCUGUGCCAGCAGCGGGCCCUGGCCGCCUUCAAUCUGGACCCGGCUCGGUGGGGCGUGAACGUGCAGACCCUCUCCGGGUCGCCCGCAAACUUCCAGGCCUACACGGCGGUCCUGGCGCCGCACGACCGGAUCAUGGCUCUGGACCUUCCCCACGGGGGCCACCUCUCGCACGGCUACCAGACGGACUCGAAGAAGAUCUCCGCGGUCUCCAUCUUCUUCGAGACCUUCCCCUACCGCCUCGACGAGCGCACGGGCCGGAUCGACUACGACAAGAUGGAGGAGAACGCCGCGCUCUUCCGGCCCAAGCUGCUGGUGGCGGGGGCCUCGGCCUACGCGCGGACCAUCGACUACGAGAGGAUGAGGAAGAUCGCGGACAAGCACAAUGCCUACCUCCUCUCUGACAUGGCCCAUAUCUCGGGUCUGGUGGCGGCGGGCGCCAUCCCCUCCCCCUUCCCGCACUCGGACAUCGUCACCACCACCACGCACAAGUCCCUGCGGGGUCCGCGGGGGGCGAUGAUCUUCUACCGCAAGGGGGUCCGGAGGGUGACGAAGAAGGGGGUGGAGAUCCCCUACGACCUGGAGGAGAAGAUCAACUUCGCCGUCUUCCCCGGGCUGCAGGGGGGGCCCCACAACCACACGAUCGCCGCACUGGCAACGGCCCUCAAGCAGGCGGCCUCCCCCGAGUUCAAGAAAUACCAGGAGCAAGUGCUGCAGAACAGCAAACGGCUGGCGGAGACGCUGACCAAGGCCGGGUACUCCCUCGUCUCGGGCGGCACGGAUAACCACCUGGUCCUGGUGGACCUGAAGCCGCAGCAGGUGGACGGUGCGCGCGUGGAGCGCGUGAUGGAGCUGGCGAACAUGGCGGCGAACAAGAACACGGUCCCCGGGGAUAAGAGCGCCUUGACGCCCGGGGGCAUCCGGAUCGGGUGCCCGGCCUUGACGAGUCGCGGGUUCACGGAGGAGGAUUUCGAGCAGGUGGGUCAUUUCUUCGACCGGGCUGUGAAGAUCGCGCAGGAGAUAAAGAGGGAGACGGGCCCCAAGAUCAAGGACUUCAAGGAGGCGCUCAGGGAGGGUCCGGGCAAGCACCAGGCCCUGGUCGACCUCAAGAAGGACGUCGUCGCAUUUGCCCAGAAGUUCCCGACCGUGGGCUUUUAAGUGGGCGAGAGGCAGCGAAGGAGGGAGGGAAGGAGGGAGGGAAGAAGGG